CUGUGAAAUGUGUGCUUACUUUCACAAUAAUGUUGUUUUUAAGUCUACAUGGCAGCGUAGCACAUGCUAGCGGUGUCGUGUGGAGGUUUUAGAAGCCAUGUUGAUUCUUGUUUCUGUGAGAGAUUUAGAUUAGGAUAGCCACAGUGUUAGCAGAGAUUACCCGUUAACGCUGCAAUUCGCAGGCACGUUACUCCAUGUCCAGUCUAGUUUUACCCUUUUAUGUUGACUGCACUCUUACGUUAAAGUCCGUGUUUUGAGUCCACUCACUGUUUAAACCUUAUCGUCCUGACAGACCGCUCUGCCGACGCUAACGUUAUUAGCUUUAACCUUAACGUUAGCCAGUAACGUUAAAGCAAGCAAAGCCUGACCUGCACUGUAACAUAACAUGUAACAUAACAGUGUCAUUGUACUAUUAUUCCACACUAUCACGUGCUCGCCAUGGGACUCUCCAGCUUGGAAAAGAUCAUUGCACUGCAGAGAAACCCUGCCAACAUCAGAAACCUGUGUAUUCUGGCACAUGUUGACCACGGCAAAACUACUCUGGCUGACUGCUUAGUGGCAAGUAAUGGUAUCAUAUCAAGUCGACUGGCUGGGAAGCUGAGGUAUCUGGACAGCAGGGAGGAUGAACAGAUCAGAGGAAUCACCAUGAAGUCCAGUGCCAUCUCUCUGCAUUACAGAAAUGGAGAUCACGAGUACUUACUAAAUCUGAUCGACUCUCCUGGUCACGUCGACUUCUCCUCGGAAGUUUCCACUGCUGUCAGGCUGUGUGACGGUGCCAUUGUAAUAGUUGAUGCUGUGGAGGGAGUGUGUCCACAGACCCAGGCUGUGCUGCGUCAGGCGUGGCUGGAGAACAUCAGGCCUGUUCUGGUCAUCAAUAAGAUAGACCGACUCAUCAUGGAGCUGAAACUCACCUCUCAGGAAGCUUACACACACCUGCAGAAGAUCCUGGAACAGGUGAACGCAGUGACAGGGAGUUUGUUCACAUCCAAAGUGCUGGAAGAGCGAGCAGAGAAAGAGAAGGAGGAGGAUAAAGAAAGCGAGACGCUGAGCGGAGAUCAGGUGUUUGACUGGAGUACCGGACUGGAGGAAGCUGACGACUCCCAACUCUACUUUUCUCCUGACCAAGGAAAUGUGGUCUUUGCCAGUGCCAUAGAUGGAUGGGGUUUCAGCAUCCAGCAGUUUGCCCACAUCUACAGCCAGAGAAUGGGUAUUAAGGCAGAGGUGCUGCUCAAAACCCUGUGGGGAGACUUCUACCUCAAUGCAAAAGCAAAGAAGAUCAUGAAGGGAGCUCAGGCCAAAGGAAAGAAGCAGCUGUUUGUGCAGCUUGUGCUGGAUAACAUCUGGAGUUUAUAUGAUGCAGUAGUCACUAGGAGAGACAAGGAGAAGGUGGAGAAGGUGGUGACAUCACUUGGAGUGAAGGUGAUGGCCAGGGAUUCUCGUCACUCCGACCCCAAAGUCCUCCUUUCUGCCAUCUGCAGCCAGUGGCUCCCCGUGUCCCAGGCUGUCCUCUCGAUGGUGUGUGAGAAGCUUCCCAGCCCGUUAGACAUGGCGGCAGAGAGGGUGGAAAAACUGAUGACUGUCGGAGCGCGACGAUUUGACUCAUUGCCAGAGCAGACGCAGGAACUUAAACAAGCGUUCCUCCAGUGUUCGAGCGGGGAAAAUGCUCCGGUCAUUGUCUAUGUGUCCAAGAUGUUUACCGUGGAUACCAAGGCCUUGCCUCAGAACAGACAGAGGCCGUUGACCCAGGAGGAGAUUGCCAAGCGCAGGGAACUGGCCAGACAGAGACACGCUGACAGGAUGGCAGCUGAUCAAGCAACCGCAGAGAGUAACAAUAACCUCGGCCACUCAGGGAGUAUGUCACAGGAAGGCCAACCUACAGGACUCGAAACAGCUAAGAUGGAGAGACUGACAUUGAAAGACUGGAAGCCAGAGGAGGAAGAGGAGCAGACGAAGUUCAUAGCAUUUGCGCGAGUCUACAGCGGGGUGGUCAAGAAAGGACAGAGAGUAUUUGUACUGGGACCAAAGUAUGACCCUGCCCAGGGCCUGAGGAUGUUGCCAGAGGGUUGCAGUGCUUCAGACUGUGUGCCCGAGGUGUCUCAUCUGUUCUGUUGUUCCAUGGAAAGACUCUACCUUCUGAUGGGCAAGGAACUAGAGGAGCUGGAGGAAGUGCCUGCAGGAAAUGUCUUGGGUAUCGGAGGUCUUGAGGAGUAUAUCUUGAAGUCUGCCACCUUGUCAACUUCACCCGCCUGCCCGCCCUUCAUUCCGCUCAAUUUUGAGGCCACGCCCAUCGUACGGGUUGCUAUAGAACCCAAACAUCCAAGUGAGAUGCCAAAGUUGGUGCAUGGGAUGCGUUUGUUGAACCAGGCAGAUCCCUGUGCUGAGGUUCUGAUCCAGGAAACAGGAGAACAUGUUCUGGUCACUGCUGGUGAGGUUCACCUCCAACGCUGCCUGGACGACCUCCGAGAGCGGUUUGCUAAAAUUGAGAUCAGUGUAUCCAAGCCCAUCAUUCCAUUCAGAGAGACAGUGGUGCGUCCUCCAAAAGUGGACAUGGUGAACGAAGAGCUGGGCAGGCAGCAGAAAGUAGCCAUCAUUCACCAGGUGAAAGACGAAGCCUCUCAGGGUCGUUCUUCUGACACCCUACACGUGGACCACAGUAAUCUGGUAACCAUUACCACUCCCAACAGACUGGCCACUGUCAGCGUCCGGGCGAUCCCCCUGCCACAAGAGGUAACCCAUCUGUUGGAGUGUAGCACAGAACUGAUUCGGACUCUAGAGCAGAUAAACAUGCACCUGAGGGAGGGGAAGAGUCUGGACGUUACCCCCAGGACCCUGGAGGACAUCGCUGGAUUCAAGGCCCAGUUGGAGAGCCUUCUGCAGGGGAGGAAGUGGAAUAACGCUGUGGAGCGUAUCUGGGCCUUUGGGCCUCGCAGAUAUGGCCCCAACAUUCUGCUGAACAGUGUUGAGGGCUACCAGCGGCCCUCGGUGUGGCAGUGUCUGGUCAGGCGAGACAAAUCGGGAGAGUCUGGAGCUCAGGCCACUGCUAUACGAGACUUUGAUAACAGCAUCGUCAGCGGCUUCCAGCUAGCAACUCUGUCAGGGCCCAUGUGUGAGGAGCCCCUGAUGGGAGUUUGCUUCUCUGUGGAGAGGUGGGACAUUCAGUAUUCAGCCUUGCCACAACGUCAGGACUCAUUGGAGGACGACACCAUAUCCCAUGAGGCUUUAGCAAACAGCAAAGUGGAACAAAGCAGUGAGACAUCUGCACAGGCGGACGGCACGGCAGCAGGGCCGGGCCAAGCCAAGCGCAGGCCAGAGGCCGCCGUCUCCGGCCUGCUGAUCGCUGCCAUGAAGGAGGCCUGCCGUCACGCCUUCCAGGCUCAGCCCCAGAGACUCAUGGCUGCCAUGUAUACCUGCGAGAUUAUGGCCACCGCUGAAGUGCUGGGCCGAGUAUAUGGUGUACUGGCAAAGCGAGAGGGUCGUGUCCUCCAUGAAGACAUGAAAGAAGGGACAGACAUGUUCAUCAUCAAGGCUGUUCUGCCUGUGGCUGAGAGCUUCGGAUUUUCCGAUGAGAUUCGCAAGAGGACCAGCGGAUUGGCCAGUCCACAGCUGGUCUUCAGCCAUUGGGAGGUCAUCAGCAGUGAUCCAUACUGGGUUCCCACUACUGAGGAAGAAUACCUGCACUUCGGAGAGAAAGCCGACUCUGCCAACCAGGCCCUCAAAUACAUGAACGCUGUCCGCCGCCGCAAAGGCCUUUACGUGGACGAGAAGAUAGUAGAGCAUGCAGAAAAGCAGAGAACACUCGGUAAGAAUAAGUAGAGAAGAAAACCAAGAAAGAAGAAAUCUAUCCAGCCAGGACUGCAGACACAUACUGUACACCACGGACUGUGCUCUUCCAUCACUGACAUCCACUGUUUGCAGAGGGACAGAUGUCGUGACCAAAUGCAGGAGUCAUUCUGUUUUCAAAGAUAUCUUCAUCACAGCAGCAGUGGAACUGCAGUUACAAACAGCUAACUGCAGUUACAGUCUGGCUGUUCAUUCGAAAGUCCGUAAUGACUUCUUGUAUAUUUUCUUGUGCAACAGAAUACAUUUUACAAUACACAUAUUUAGGAUUAAUUGGGGAUGAUACAUUCAUAUAGGGAAUAAAGUAUGUAUCACAAAGUCUGUUAUGUUUUUUUAUCUGAUAGAUUCAUUAGUUUUUCGCUCAUAGAUAGCAUGUGCAGUAAAUGCGGACCAAUCAAAUUGUCCCAUUCAGAGCCAGUCCUAACCUCCCUGGGGCCCUAACCCUAAGCCCUCCUAAUAGACUCAUGAGCCAUGUAAACAAUUUGCCAUUUCUACACAGUCACACCUGACAACACAGUGCUCUGACUACAGUUAUCCCUUCUUGAAAACAGUCUGCCUCUGUAGUAAGCCUGAAUGGAAACCUCAUAUAGACUUGUCUUCAGGUUAAGAAAAAUUCAGUGCUGGUUUGAAUGCACCUCUGCGCACUAGCUCAGUCUUCAUAAAGUCUGUUAAGACUGGUGUCCAAUCUGCUGGGUUAUUUUGAGGAACAGCGACUGUUCCAUUAGGGUCUGAGCUGCUUGUAUCUGAUGCUGGCUGUACUUUACCUGAGUCUGUGUGACCUGCUACAGGCGUCUGGACUGGGUCUCCGCUGGUACUGGCUAAGGCUGAAUGUGGAUCAGCUGUGACAACCAGCAUUUACUCUACUGACAAAUUUAAGCAUUGCCCCUUUAAAGAAUAGAUAAUGUUAUCGUCUUCAUCAGGCCCAUUCAAACUGGCUCCACAGGCUGGAAUGCGCGAGUUUGAUUUCGUGCAGGCGCAUAUGAGCACAUGUUCAUGUGCGACGCGGUUAUCGUUUCUGAGCUGCAGUUUGUAAACACUGUUGCUGGUCAGCGUUUAUCAAACGUUUUUAAUUUUACUUUAACAUUGGUCAGGCACAAAGUCUGUUAGGCAACCAAAACACAGACAGACCAAGAGAUGCACUGCCCAACUGGGUUAGCAAGACAGACAGACUAGAGUGACAUUCACUGCAAGCUAGCACGUGAACUUAACAUUACUGUAAUCUGCUGACAUCAGACUUUGAGAGGAGAGAACACAAGUUUAUCUGACUGCUGUUUCUACAAUUUACUCUCAUUUAGUUACUUUCUCUUCUCGAUAGUUUUCUCUUCAACUUCUCAUCAAAGUUGUGAACAUUGAUACUCACUCUGACAUGAGAGGAAGGCAGGGCCUUGCUUACUUUGCGGGUCCCUAUGCAAAAUGCAUAGUGAGCGUAUAGGACGGCCAGGCUCUGGUCCCAUUCCGUGAAUAAAUGAAUGUGUUGGAUUUUGGAUAUGGGCAUUAUUCGUCAUUGCUUUAAAUAUUUACUAUUGUAUUACUAUUACUAUUGCUUUAAUCACCAUCAAACUCAAGGUACAUUGCUGUACA